AUGGAGGACCAAGUGCACAAGCCGCAUCGCAAGAGCAAGGAGAAGAAGCAGCACUCGGGAGAACGCAAUCCCAAGGCUUUUGCCGUUGCUAGACCCGGCAAGCUUCAGCGACAGGCUGCCAGAUCGUCUGAUAUCAAGGAAAAGCGUCUCCAUGUUCCUCUCGUCGACAGACUUCCAGAUGAGGCGCCGCCGCGCCUCGUCGCCAUUGUCGGCCCUCCCGGCGUUGGCAAGACGACUCUGCUAAAAUCUCUGGUCCGACGAUAUGCCAAGGAGACUCUAUCAGAUCCCCAGGGCCCCAUCACGGUCGUUACCUCGAAGAAACAGCGAUUGACGUUCAUGGAGUGCCCCAACGAGCUGGAAGCCAUGGUGGACGUCGCCAAGGUCGCCGACAUCAUCCUUCUCAUGAUUGACGGCAACUAUGGCUUUGAGAUGGAGACUAUGGAGUUUCUCAACAUCUUGGCCGCCACUGGUAUGCCUGGCAACGUCUUUGGUAUCUUGACCCACCUGGAUCUGUUCCGCAAGCCUGCCGCUCUAAAGGAUGCCAAGAAGCACCUUAAACGAAGACUAUGGACAGAGCUCUACCAGGGCGCUCACCUAUUUUACCUCUCUGGUGUCAUGAAUGGCAGAUACCCGGAUCGUGAGAUUCACAACUUGUCUCGCUUCCUCUCCGUCAUGAAGAACCCGCGACCUCUUGUGUGGAGAAACUCUCACCCAUACACCAUCAUCGAUAGCUUCCGCGACAUCACCCACCCCACCAAGAUCGAAGAAGACCCCAAAUGCGAUCGAUCCAUCGUUCUAUCAGGAUACCUACGAGGAACAAACUUUGCAACCCAGGGCCAGCGAGUGCACGUUGCCGGCCUGGGCGACUUCACCGUGUCUUCUAUGGAAGUGCUGCCUGAUCCUUGCCCUACACCGGCCAUGGAGCAGGCUUUGGCCAAGAUUACUGGCAAAAAGGGACGAAGAAGACUGGAUGAAAAGGAAAAGAAGCUCUAUGCUCCCAUGUCUGAUCGCAGCGGUCUGAAGAUUGACGGCGAUGCCAUCUGGAUCACCAGGGAUAAGGGAUUCACAUUUGACAAGGAUGCGGACACUGCCGAACGUGGAGAGGGAGAAGAGAUGAUCAUUGGGCUUCAGGCCGAGCGAAGACUACUCGGCCAGACAGAAGACGGAGUGCAGCUAUUCAAGGGAGGCCGGGAAGUCAAGGAGCUUGCUGAGGAAGAAGAUACCGGCAGAAAAGAGCAACGAAAAGCCAGGAUCGCUGAACGAGAAGACGGGAAUGAUGAAGGAAACGAAGACGACGAAGGCUUCGUUAGUGGUAGCGAUGAAGAAGACCCAGAUGAGGAAGAAGAGUUCAACGAGGGAAAAUUGGGCAAAAUGUUCCGCGGCAAAGCUGACAAGGAGGCCAACGGCGAUGAUGACCUUGCCUUUGCGGACAGCGACUCAGAUCUUGGUUCCAUCACAGAUCUGGAUGAGGAUGCAGAGGAUGAUGAAGAAUACGACUCUGAUGAGGAGACAGCGGCCUUGAGAUGGAAAGAAGGAAUGGCCGACAGGGCUAUGAAGCUACACUCCAGGAAACGCUCGUAUCACACUGCAGACCUGGCUCGUUAUAUCUAUGACGGCUCCAUGACUGCCAGCGAGGCGCUGAAGAAGUGGAGGGGCGAAGAAGAUGACUCGGAAGAGGAGGACAUUGAAAAUGACUCGGAAGACGAAGAGUUUUUCAAAAAGAAUGCACAGGAGAGCGAAGACCUGAUUGAGGAUCGUUCAAUACCAGAUUACGACUACGAGGACUUGGCGGCCAAGUGGGCCAAUCGAGAGAACAUUGAGGCUCUCAAGACAAAAUUCACAUCAGGCAGGAAAGGUGGAGGCGUAGACGAUGAGGAUGAGGAUGGCGAGUUUGGCGGCUUCGAUGACGACGAAGAUGGCGACGGUGAGGGUGGCGAAGACAGCGAAGGCGAUGGUGAGUUCGAGGAUCUAGAAGCUGAUCCCCAAAACCCUCCUCAGCAACAGUCAGCAGAAGAUAUCCAGGCAGAGCGUGAGAAAAACGCAAAGAGGAAAGAGGAGCUCAAGGCCAGAUUCGAGGAGGAGGAUCGAGAUGGUUUCAUGAACGACAAGUCAAAAGCCCGACGAGAAGGAGGAGGCGAUGGCGAAGAGGAAUUCGGCGAGGACGACUGGUACGAUGCCCAAAAGGCCAUGAUCCAGAAGCAGCUCGACAUCAACAAGGAGGAGUUUGAAAACCUGGACGAGCGCCAAAGAGCCGCCGUCGAGGGCUACCGUGCCGGCAAAUACGCAAAGCUCGUGCUGGAGGGCGUGCCCGCCGAGUUCACUUCCCGCUUCGACGCCCGGCAACCCAUCAUCGUUGGCGGCCUCUCGGCAACAGAAGACCGCUGGGGCUUCGUGCAGGUGCGCAUCAAGCGCCACCGCUGGCACAAGAAGAUCCUCAAGACCAACGAUCCGCUCAUCUUCUCGCUGGGCUGGCGCCGCUUCCAGACGCUGCCCAUCUACAGCAUCUCCGACUCGCGAACGCGCAACCGCAUGCUAAAGUACACACCGGAGCACAUGCACUGCUUCGCCAGCGUCUACGCGCCGUUGAUUGCGCCCAACACGGGUUUCGUUUGCUUCAACUCCUUCUCGGCAGCCGGUUUCCGCAUUGCUGCCACAGGCACCGUGCUCUCCGUCGACGAGUCCACCGAGAUUGUCAAGAAGCUCAAGCUGACCGGCUCCCCUUACAAGAUCUUCAAGAACACCGCCUUCAUCAAGGGCAUGUUCAACUCGUCCCUGGAGAUUGCAAAGUUCGAGGGCGCCUCUGUCAAGACUGUCUCCGGCGUGCGCGGUCAGAUCAAGCGCGCUCUGUCCAAACCCGAGGGCCACUUCCGUGCUACCUUUGAGGACAAGAUCCUGGCCAGCGACAUCGUCUUCCUGCGUGCCUGGUACCCCAUCAAGCCGCACCGCUUCUACAACCCCGCCGCCAACCUCAUCGGCUGGCAGCCCAUGCGUCUUACGGGCGAAGUCCGCCGCGCAGAGAACGUCGCCACGCCGCAGCUCAAGAACUCGCAGUACCGCAAGAUUGAGCGCCAGGACCGCCACUUCAACGGCCUCAAGGUGCCGCGCGCCCUCGCCGCCGAUCUGCCCUUCCGGUCGCAGAUUACUCAGAUGAAGCCCCAGAAGAAGAAGACGUACAUGCAGAAGCGCGCCGUCGUCCUGGGCUCCGAGGAGAAACAGACGCGAGCCUUUAUGCAAAAGGUGCUGACUGUCCACAACGAGCAAGUCGCCAAACGCCGUGCCAAGAAGGAGGAGAACCGCGCCUCGUUCAAGAAGAAGCUGGCCGAGGGCGAUGAGAAGAGGGAGGCCAGGGAGAAGAGGGAGAGCAAAGAAUACUGGCGCAAGAACGGCCGCAAGAGAAGUGGUGGAGAUGAAGAUGGCGGCGGCGGCAAGAGGAGAAGGUGA